AUGAAUGAAACCGAGGCAGUAGAGGACUACUACGAGAUCCUCGAAGUUGUAGGCAGCGGGAACACGGGCAAUGUGUACCGGGCGAGAGACAAGGCCACGGGCCAAAUUGUGGCGGUAAAGCGCAUCAUGCUGGAUACCGACGAACCGAAUCAAUUGAAGAAAAUACUGCUCGAGAUCAAGAACUUGAAGGAUUGCGAGAGUCCCUACAUCACCUCCUUCUAUGGCAGCUACCUCAAGGGCCAGUAUCUUUCAAUCGUCAUGGAAUUUUGUGGCCUUGGCUCUCUCAAGCGACUCAUGACGAAGCUGCGAUCGCCCCUCUCCGAACGCGAGAUUGCCGCCGUUCUACACCAGGUCCUCAAAGCCCUCAUCUACCUCCACAACGCCAAGCUCAUCCAUCGCGACAUCAAAGCCGACAACAUCCUCUUGAACGAGUUGGGCCAAGUCAAAGUCGCUGACCUCGGAGUCGCAACGACGCUGGCCCACACGAUGGACCGCCACCGCACCGCCACAGGCACGCCCUAUUGGAUGGCGCCCGAGCUGGUGUUGGAGCAGGACUAUGGGACGGGCGUCGAUAUCUGGUCGCUGGGCAUCACCUGCAUCGAGUUUGCCGAGACCAAGCCGCCCUACUUCGACAUGCUUCCCAUGCGCGCGCUCUUUAUCAUCGCAUCGGGCGACGAUCAGGUGCCUACGCUCAAGAAGCCCGAGGAGUGGUCAUCCCUCUUCCGCGACUUUAUCGCCGUGUGCCUCGUCCGCGACCCCGACAAACGAUACACCGCCCAACAGCUCCUCAACCACGUGUUCGUGUCGGGGCAAACGGACGAGGAGAGCAAGGAGGUGCUUCGAGAGCUCAUCGCCCGACUCCAGGGCGCCACCUCCAAGCAGGAGAAGCAGAAACAAAUCGACGGCGAGCUGGACAAGCUGUUGCGAGACAUCUCGCCCUCGGGCGCCGGUGGCGGCAACAACGGCGGCGGGCGAGCCUCGGGUUCGCUGGGAAGCAAGGCGGGCGCGAAGGUGGCCGCCACCCUUCUCUCGGAGAAGAGCGGGGCCAAGCUGGGCAUCCUGCCGGCCCAGAAGAUGGUGUCGCCCGACCUCGAGCAGAGCCAGCGGGAGAAGCGCACCGUGAAGAUCGAACCGCCCGAGGAGAUCAUCCGCUCGACGUCGUCGUCGCCCAACUCGCCCUCGUCGUCGUCGUCGACCUCCCUCUCCGAGUACGAGCGGAAGGCCAAGGAGGAGAACAGCGAAGAGCAUCGGAUCAAGCUCUCGCGACGACGCUCGGCGCCGCCCACCAAGAAGGCGGGCCGCUUCCGCCGCAGCGGCGAUCAACUCUUCGGCCUCUGCGACGAGUGCUCUCUCUCCACCGAGGAUGGACCGUGGUGCGGGGAGUACAAGCACGAGAGGGAGAAGGAGAAGAUCAAGUACGACAGCAGACACCUGGACGACCUGGUGAUGAAGAUGAUGGACAAGCACUCGGGCCUGCCCCUGCGAAAGAAGAAGAUGGGCCUCCUCAAGCUCACCACCAUCCUCUACUUCACCGGCACCGACCUCAUCGACUGGCUGCUCAAGCGGGUUGAGCUGAGGGACAGGGAGGAGGCGGGGGCGGUGGCGAAGAAGCUGCUGGUGAACGGGUACAUCACACAGAUCACGGAGCGGGAGAAGAUCGACGACGAGGAGGCCAUGUUCAGAUACGAGAAGGUGUUGGCCUCCGCCUCCAAAAAGAGCGGAGGCAAGGCGGGAGGGGACAAGCAGUCGUCGUCGGGCGUGCCGCUCCUCACCAUCGGCAAGCUGAGCGGCGGCGGCAAGGGCAUCGACGGCAAGAGCCCGCGGCGGAGCGGAGGCUUUCCGUCGUCGCCGCUCGGCUCGCCGGCGCACCACAACCAACAACAGGGCUUCGUGUCGCCGCCGACGCCUCCGCCUCCACCGCCGGCCGUGGUCAAGGAGUCGCCGCGGCUGCGGACCAACACCCACAAGUUCGCAGCCGACUUCGAGAAGCUGCAGGUCCUCUCUGAUCGCCGUCGCUCGUGCGCGCCCAACACCAUCAAGCCCAUCAAGCCCUGA